AGCUGUCACCAGAUGGCGUAUGAAUUUAUUUCCAAGCCAGAAACAGAUAGAUAGAUGACGAAGCUGUCAUCUCUUCUUAUCUGUCCCGUGUGAAUUUGUCAGUUGUGCGCAAGUGAAUUUAUUAAUAAACAGUCUAGUUUUUGCCGUAAACGACUGACACUUCCAAGAACGAGGACGAAUCAUUGGAAAGCAACAAGAGUCAUUCUAAAAAAUAGUAUUUCUCGUUUUAGGCAAUGAUGCGAAAUUUGUAAUUUGGAAUGACAAUUGAUCAAACACGAUCUUUGAUAUUUGUUACUCGUUGUUGGAUAUCGAUCGAAUAGAACGACAACGAUGAAUUUUGGGAUGGAUUGGGAGGCCGAGCAUCGGCGCGUUCUGCAGGACGGUAACGCGGCUUUGGAACGCUCAGCACAGUCAGUCGCGAGAUCACAGGCAGUGGCAGCAGAGAGUGAGCAAGUAGGAACUGAAGUCAUCUCUGAACUGGGCGAGCAGAGAGAACGUCUGCUGCGAGCUAAACGGAGAUUGUCACAGACAGAUGAGGAACUGAACAAAACGCGAAAGAUUUUAAAUGUUAUGCGAGUGAGAGUCUUGACGAACAAAAUUGUGUUGAUCUUUAUUAUAUUACUAGAAGUGACUAUAAUUGGCAUUAUUGUAUAUUUAAAGUUCUUUCAUCAUUAAGCUGCAUCGGUACGGUGAGGCUAAACAAGGUUAAGGGCUGAAGUUGUAUAUACAUGCAAUAUAAUGUAUAUAUGAUGCAAUAUAUAGUUAAUAAUGUGUGUAGUUAUAUAGGCAUCUGCAAAUAUUGUAUAAGGUGUAAUAAACAAACUUUCAAACACA